UCCACAUUUAUUGGAUGAGACCCACGUGCAUCCAACGGUUGAGGACAAAACAGUAAUUCAGUAACUCAUUCGCACUAUAAAAUGCCUUUCGAUUUUCGACGCCUCUCCGUUCCGAAUCCCGUUUAUUUGUCCCACCGGCGACGGAGGUGCUGGUUCGUCAAGGCGUCGCCGGAGAUCUCUCCUUCUUUGCUCCGAUCAGUGAGUCUCUCUCUGCAAAGGGACAGUGUAGGUGGAUCCUAGUGUUUGGUGGCAAAGGGAUCAGUAAAGAAACUAUAUGGGUCCCAGAUGAGCAAACCUGAUGUUAUUGGCAGUGGAAGGAGGAGGGUUUUUCUCUUCUUCAGCUUCUGGUUAUAGCACAGGCCUGACCCUUCUUCUCUUUGGUCAGAAGAGUGAAGAAAAACCCAUGAGAGUUUCUCCUUGGAAUCAAUACCAGUUGGUGGACCAAGAAUCUAACCCUGAUCUCCAGCUGGCGUCUAGGAAAGACCGGCUUGUCCGCGGUUGCUCCUCAUUUGUCUGCUUUGGUUGCACCGCUACAGGACUUGAGAGCCCAUUUCCUCUGAAAGUAGGCCCUACAAAGCAGCCUGGGCCUCAUGUUUCUGAUGAGGGGCCUCAUGUUUCUGAUGAGGGCCAUGAUCACAGCCGUCCCACUGAUCCUGUGGAUGGUGACAGCGACAAAAAGAAGCUGGGUAUUAGAAGUAGCUUGAAGAAGGGUACAAGUCCUGUUCCAGUUUCUGGUGGGGUUGUUAAUGAACCUGAGGCAUCAUGUGUAAAGGGAAGCCAUGACCCUGGUCUUUUGGAGAGGAGGAAAGUGAAGUGGACGGAUAUUUCUGGUGGAGAGCUUGCGGAAAUCCGGGAAUUUGAGUUCAGUGAUACAGGUGGAUCGGAUGAUGAAUUUGACAAUGGGAAUGGACGGAGCUGUUCGUGCAAAAUUAUGUAAUUUUGGUUUUCACAAGACCAGGUUCUACUACUACUAGAGGGCCAUCAAUGAGGUAAUAUGGUUGAGUUUUCAAUUAGGAGAUUGCUUCAUUUCUCCAUGUUUUGCUGACAUUUGGAUGAGUGAAAGGAGGGAUUUCCGAGUUCAUAAGCCAUACGACAGCAAGAUUUCCAUGGACCAUGAUAAGAUUUCUACCAUGGGCUGGCUUUAUUCAGAAUGACCAGCUAUCUCUAUACUCCAUCUCCAGAUAUUUUCAAUUUUGCCAAUCUGUUCUUUCCAUGUUUUUCUUUCCUUGUCUGUGUUGUUACACAGUGACUAUGAUUGGCCUGUGUUUGAUCGUAACAAACAUGCUACUACUAUUUUUUAGUUUGAUAAUUUGAUUGUUUUGUACAUGGGUUUU